GCGAACAGAGCGAGGCACGCGACACGUGCGUUGUUUUGAGUUUUCGUUCGAUAUCAAUAACUACUUUGAAAGUCCGAUAGAAAACAAAUUUUAUAAAACGUAAAAUUGAAUAUACGAUGAAGCGCUUGUCAGAGGAAAGAACGAAGCUUGUGUUCGAAAAGCUGACUAAAUAUAUCGGUGGAAAUCUGAAACUUCUGAUAGAUCGACCAGAUGGCACGUACUGCUUUCGAGAACAGAAGGAGAAGGUAUACUACGUUUCCGAAAAGAUAUUGUCUCUUGCCAGCACUGUGGCACCAGAGAAUUUAAUCAGCUUCGGAACAUGCUUUGGAAGGUUUACUAAGUCGGGUAAAUUCAAGAUGCACAUCACCGCUCUACACUACCUCGCCCCAUAUGCGCAAUACAAAAUUUGGCUAAAACCGACUGCCGAGCAACAGUUUCUCUACGGACACCACGUCGCCAAAUCUGGUUUGGGCAGGAUAACUGAAAACACUGCGCAGUAUCAGGGCGUUGUUGUUUAUUCGAUGAAUGACUUGCCAUUGGGAUUCGGUGUUGCAGCAAAAAGCACUGCUGACUGUAAACACGCCGACCCGAUGUCGACAAUUUGCUUCCACCAGGCAGAUAUCGGUGAAUAUAUACGAUCCGAGGAUACCUUGAUAUAAGAAGAAACGAAUUAGAAUGAUACGGGUGUCUACAAAAAGAUGAUGCCGGGGUGUAAGGAGCCCCAAAAGAAAAGCUGUAAAAUAAUUUAGGAAAUAAACAAGUCGCGAUUUCGUAAUAAAACAGGUUUACUAUCGUAUAACGUAAAUUUGGAAGACAGUAAGAGAGCUGAAACCAGAAUGCUUUGAUAUUUAACGCCAAGUGCUCAAAUAUCAUUACGAUUUUGCUCGAGUUACGUCGAUGCUGUGCUAAUGAAAAAAAAAAAAAUGAAAUAACGGGAACAGUAAAUUGUGAUGAAAGUAACGGGUAAAAUACAGUUGUAGUUCAGUAUUUUUUCUUGUUUUAAUAAUAUAACGUAGAGAAUCUGUGUCUGUGACAAAAGAAA